GGUCCCGGAUGCUUUGAGGCUGCGCCGGCCGUGGGAGAUGUGGAUUGACCCACAGAAUAAAGCGAUAGCGCUUAAAUAGCAAAAUAAUAACCCAGAUCGGCCGCGGCACCCGUUUCCAACUGGUCGCUGUAAAGCACCGUGUGAACGAGAGUUGGUUUUGGUUUUAUUUUGUUUUUUUUUCCCCGGCCGUGCAGGAUGAGCGCCGUGCCUGAGGAAGUUAAGGCAGAAGAUGGCAAUGCGAAGCCUGAGAAGAAAGAGUUUUACUGCGAAGUCUGUAAAAUUUCCUGUAUGUGUGCUAUAAAUCUUCAGUCACACUAUCGUGGUGCAAAGCAUAGGAAGCAAGAACAAGCCCUGAGACGCAGGAAUUUCUAUAAUUCUUCAGCUCUAAUCCAAGUUCCGAUGAAGUUUCGAGUGCUCAGACCAGUGAAGAGAGCAUUCACAGGGCACAUAACCUGUCUGAAGGAUUUUAUGAAUGAUCCCAGUAGAGACGAACCUCUUAUUGGUUUAGAACAUGUGGUUGAAAUCAGAUUUGAAGGAAAAGAAGACCCCCGUUAUGAGUGCAGGCUGUGUGGGUGUCAUGCAGAGGUGGCACCUAUGAUAGAACAUCUUAGUGGACAUAAACACAGAAAAGAAUACAUUUCGAAAGAAUUUCCGAAAAUUAGGAGAAGACCAGCAAAAGGAAAAGAAAGCAAAGUCUCGUUUUUCAAACGGAUAGCAGGAGAGCUAGAGAAGAGUGAAGGAUUAAAAAUGUAUAAGGUUGAAGGUUAUGCAAGGCCAGCUCCCUCAUCACCAUUGGAGAAGAAAACAAGGUGGGAAGAUGAUUAUAAGCAUGAGAACGACCCUGUUCGGAAACAGAAAGCUCUGGAGUUCUUGGAGACUUUUCACAUCACCUCAGACUCAGAGGCAACACUUGUUGUUCACAUUACACAGGGACUCAUGGAAGCUUUGAAGGCCUUUUGUGAAAAGAAAGCAGCAGAUAAUUGUGCCAACAGUUUAGGCCCACAGAUGUCAGCACCUCAAGAUGAAUUUCCAGAAAGCGUCCCAGAAAACUAUGGGCCAGAUGUAGAAUACAGAGGAAGUUCUGACUGGAAUCAAGGUUUUUGGUCUCAGUACGAAGAGUGUUCUGAAGGUGCUUCUUUUGCUCCUGCUCACUUAAACAGCUACCAAGCAGAUGAUGGAUCAUCCUCAUGUCAUCUGAGAUCUGACAACUUUGCAAUGGUGUCUCCACUCACAGACUCUCCUGCUGUUGAGCCUGGUUGUGCUGUCGGUGGUGUCAGCAGAUGGCUGAGACAGCUCAGAAACUCUGUGUCCUGCACGAAUUUGGCUGCUGGGGCCUCUUCAUAUGAGACCAGCCCAGUGAAGGAGUACUCAGCAGAAUACAUAUCCAAUGAUGUGCAAGGAAGUGAGCUGUGUGAUAACGGACUGUCAUUUGCCAGGGAAAAUACAAAAUGGAGGAAUCAACAAGUGUGUAAAAAUGCAGGGCAUAUAAGUAACCAAGAAUUAUCCUAUCCCAAUUCUUCUGCCUCAUAUCUUUCAUCUGGAAGAUACUCUACAAACUAUCCAUCACAAAACUAUUCCUCUUACAAAAACAAUGAGUUUGUGAAUACUUAUACAUCUUCUGCAAAUUCUGCUGUUUCAGGAAGAGGUGGCUCCAGGUGGCACCAGGACACUAGGUGGAAUGAGUGGAAUGAGGACUGUAGCUGGAAGCAGGACUAUAGCUGGAGCCUGGGAUCUAGCUGGAAGCAGGAAUCUAGGUAUCAAGGAUUCAGGUAUCAGAAAUCAGGCUACCAAAGAGACUGGAGUUCACAUCAGGACUCAUUUUCUGGCAGUGGUUCAUACCCACAUCACCAGCAGUUCAGAAGCUCAGAUGGACUUAAUGUUGGUUUUGGUCCCAACACUAUGAACAGACUACUAGGAAAGGAAGUACCUCCAAUGACCAGGAUUCUCAAACAACUGGUUCCAUAAUACCCAGCACCUCAAAAAAUAAAUGUUGAGACAUUUGUCAAUGUGCUAAUAGAAACUAGAGAGAAAGAUUAAGGAGCAGCAAGAGCUGAACUGGAAACAGAUGAAGAGAUUUGAGAAUUUCCACCACUUGGCUUUCAGGAAAGAGACUGCAUUUAACUCUGUGUUUGACUGGCUUGGGAAAGGUAAAGGGAGAUAGGGUUUAAGAUUUAACACGUGAAAUAUAGCUGGAACAUGAACUUGCACAUAAUGGGUGAACAUACUAUUUUGUUUAGGGUUUUUGUAAUGUAUUUGUUAUAUCCUAGUAUAUUACAGAAAAAGAAAUCUUUCGUUAUUUUUUGGAAGUAUGUUAAAAUUAUUCUGUCAGCAAAAAGCUAAUAAUCCUUUUAAUACCCCUCUCAAUUCAGAAAAGAAAGAAAGGUUUACUUUUAUGUUACCUACUUAGGAAGAAUAGUCAUUGAAAAUACUGGUUUACUUUUCUUCACACAAAUGUAAGGCCAGUUCCAUUAAUUUGAGGCUUUAUAAUUAGAAUUAUUUUUAGAAAUUGAUACACUACAUUUCUGUUUAGACAAAGAAAGGAAAAUGUCAGAGCAAAAGUAUUCUCUGUCUUAAUGUGAUGCUAUGUGAGGAAUACGUAAUCUGUACUAGAGGACUGGUAUGUAAUGGGGCAUAUUAGUUUCAUUUUUGCAGUGUAAGAAAUGGUGUGAAAUACAUGCCAAAUUUUUAAUCUUGUUCAAAAUAAAAUAAUUAUAAAUUGUCCUAAAAACUCAUUUGGUGGAUGGACCCAUGCUAAAAUAAAAAUUCUUGAUUGUUUCUACUCGCAAAAGCAUAUUAAGAAAUAGUAGAACCCGUAAGGCAAUCAGAUAAAAUAACAGGAAAAAUAAACAAACAAAAUGUUGUACUAACUGAGUAAUACUCAGUUCAUGAUGUGUAUCAGAGCCACAUGUUCAUGAAUGCCUGACUUUAGAUAUCUGCUUUAUGUAAUUAAUACCAGCUUACAUGGAGUUGAAGAAAAAAAGUGAGACAGUUUAGUCCUGAGUGUCUGUUUUCCUUUUCACUGCUGCAUUGUGGACUAUCAUUUUUCUUCUCACUCAUGCAGGAACUGUGUCUCUGUGCAUUAAAUACAUGUGCUGAAGCAGGGUUAGUCUUCAUGAGCUGUCAUAAAACAUUUUGGAUCUUGUUAUGUAAAUUAUAAUAAAAACUCAACAAAACAA